AUGUCUGCCCGAGGAAGACCAGCUUUUGCUGUCAUUCCUCCAUUUUAUGCCAGGGCAAGGAUUGAGUCCCCGUCUCCAUCACCUUCCUCCUUUUCUCCAGAACAGCAGAGACCAAAGCAUGUUUUUGAGCAAAAAGCGGCUUCUGCGCCCAGCCCCACGGUCGCCACAAGUCAGGCCAGAAAGUCUCCAUCGGCUUCAGUGAUGGAACCAGCGGCUGACGCUGCUGGAAACGGAAGGCGCUGCAUUCCAUUGAAUCCGCCAGUGCCAUCCAAAUACUGGAGUGACGCCGAAAUCAACAAAGAAGUGAUCCUUCCUGACUUCCACCGUCUCGUGAACUUUCCAGAUCUCUUGAUCAAGGGCCGCAACUCUGGGGGCGGUGACGGGGAAGGUGGUUGUGCUAACGGCAAGAAACGUUGUGUCAUGUGCGGCCAAUUGCGCGUCUCAGCUACCUAUGUUCGUGCCAAAAAAGCCAGUGCCGAGAGUGCUUCUAGCCUCCCCGAGGAUCCUUCGUCGGCGGAUGCUUCUGGCUCGAAUCAUAUCAUUCCACGCCAAAACAAGGGUGUUUGCACCGCCUGUGACGUGACCGUCUGGGUCGCGUUGGAGCUGGAUGCGAUGGAGAUCAAGUGGUGCAAGGGAUGCAAGAAUUUCCGUCCUUGGUGUCACUUCGGCGACAAGUCUCUUGCCACCAAGUGCUUGCGUUGCCGCGACCGACAAAAGGAAAAGUACGCUCUGCAGAAGAGCGCGAACCGUCGUCGCAGCAGUGCAAGCAGCAUGGACGAGAGUGCCAGUGGCAUGGAAGAGAAGAAAGCUGGUGAUGCAAACGAUAUGCAUCAUUGCAGCCUGACAGUUGUGGCGGCAAACGGACUGAGAAGUUUGAUGAAGGCUGUUUGA